AUGGACUCGAGAGACAACUCCCGAGACCGCCUGCGCGACCGAGACGAUUCCCCCGAAACUAUACAGACGUCCGAGAUUGCAGAAGAGGAGGAGGAAGAUCUGGAUGCUGUCAGUGACGUGCUCGAUUCGUACUACUACGACGAAGACGACGACGACGAUGAGGACGACAAUCAGAACCCUCGCCAGAGGACGACAGAUCACAGCAACAGGGAGCGUCUCAGUCCGUCCCCGGUACCCAACGAUCUCGAAACCCCGGAAUUAUCAGAGACACCAUCGCGCGAUUUCGACUCACUAGACUCCUUUCAGUCGUCGGAGAGCUUGCGGCAAUGGGGCGAGAAUCCUCUUCCACACAUCAACAAUGGACAGACGGAGAAGAGCCUACUCAGAAGCCCCUUGACGAUCCAAGUGCCCUCGGGUCCAGGCUACAAUGACACCGCUAGUGUCGACGAGGAAGCGGUCCGCGACAUGAACGCGGUCGAUGCAGCAACCACCAGCCCGACAAACUAUGUCUACAGCCCCAGAACAGUGGCAGCCGCAGUCGAGCUACCCAGUGCACAACAGUCGCGAGCUUGGCAACGGUCGAACGUCCAGCAACCUCAGAGGGUCUCCGUCACGCUGGCUGCGUUGUCGCUAGGCACUUCGAACGCGACGCAUCGUGUAAAGCAGGGGGACAGAAGCAGCUGUAGCCGUACCCACAUGACCGAAAUCCGUCGUGAAAUAUCCGGACUUCCACGAAUACCGACAAGCAAAGCACGACUUUCGCGACAAGACUGGGCGGCCAUUGAGUCCUAUUCAAAACGGCACAGCAAGCGGCCAAGUACCUCUCGCACUAUUUCGACCGAGUCGUCGGCCAGGACGCAUGACGGCGUGCAGUCUCCGCCCCUGGGCAAGUCUGAGCCGCUGCCUGAGGUAGAUGAGGACGAGGCCAUUCCUCGGCGUGCAUCCACCAGUGUGUUUGACCGCAAAAGUACCUUGUUCGAUCUGGGCAUGAUGGCCCCACUUGCCACGUCAAAGGGCAAACCUGCCAACUACCUAGACACCUCACCAUCAUCAAGUCGACAGCCAGACCCGACUUCUCCUACCCUCCAAAAGAAGCUGGCGCCCGUCGAAAGAGAUCGUUAUGGCUUCAAGAAGGCUUCGGACAAGGUCAACUUGCAAGAGUACAAUGCGUGGGCCGCAAAAUACGAAGAGCACAUUUGCCGGCGGCGGGCCAAGUGGCAUGCUUUGAUGCAGAAGCAAGGCCUAUCCACACACGAACCAUCAAAGUUUCCAGAAAUGUCGGACAAGGUGAAGCGGUAUGCGCGCAAAGGAUACCCUCCGGAGUGGCGCGGCGCCAUGUGGUGGUACUAUUCAGGUGGCCAGCACAUUAUGAAGCAAAAGGGCAAUGUCGGUCUUUAUGCCUCAUUGGUCGAACGCGUGAAGCGCGACGAGCUCAACAAGGACGACAGAGAUGCUAUCGAGCGCGAUCUGGACAGGACCUUUCCCGACAAUAUUCACUUCCGUCCCGAGCCGGCCACGGACCUGCUGGACGGAGAAACCGACGAGGAGCCGGCUCUCAUCCAGGACCUGCGCGAGGUCUUGUCCUGCUUUGCGUUGAACAAUCCAAACAUUGGCUAUUGCCAAUCGCUCAACUUUAUUGCUGGUCUGCUGCUCCUCUUCCUGAAGCAGGACAAGGAACGCGCCUUCAUCAUGCUGACCAUCAUCACGCAAAAUCAUCUGCCAGGUGCACACGCGAGGAAUCUUGCCAACACCGAGGUCAACGUCUUGAUGAUGUUGAUCAAGGACUACCUGCCCAAGGUCUGGGCCUCGAUCAACGACACCGACAUCAUCAACACGGGACCCGGCUCGCACGCGCAUCCCAUUUCCAAGUUUCAGCGUCAACCUACGGUUGCCUUGUCAUGCACCUCGUGGUUUAUGAGCAUCUUUGUCGGCGUGCUGCCGAUUGAGACUGUGCUCCGCGUUUGGGAUGCCUUCCUGUACGAGGGGCCGCGUGCUCUGUAUCGUUAUGCACUGGCCAUCUUCAAGCUUGGCGAGCCCGAGAUCCGCAAGUACCAGCCUGGCGACGGCGAACUGUACAUGACGGUACAGAACCUGCCCCGGACCUGUCUGGACAUCAACAUGCUGCAUGACAUUGCCUUUGUCAAAAAGGGCUUUGGCAACCUGUCGCAGGCCGUGAUUGACGAGAAGCGCAUGUUCUGGCGAGAACAGAACAAGAUGGCGCAUCAGACUUCUGUCAAGACGAUCCGCAACAAGCAGCUCCCGGCCAACGACGACGAAGACACGGACCGCGACAGCCUCCGGAAGGUCAUGGGCAUGACGGGUCUGCGAAGACGGGCGUCUAGGAAAUUCCGCAGGAUGAGGAAUUAA